UAUCUUCAAUCGUGUGUAUAAUGCCUACUCUGGUCACGCACAUAUAUUCAGGUUGGGUCAUGGGCUGGCUGAUGUGCAAACUAUUGCCCUUCAUCACAUGUGUCGCUGUUGUGAGCUCUAUUUCUACUUUGACAGCAAUAGCUAUAGAUCGGUACCUUGCAAUCUGCACCACCUUCAAUUGCAGUUCCUACAAGAUCACCAAAUCAUCUGCCAAAGUGAUCAUUGGUAUCAUCUGGCUUUACGCGUUCCUCGUUCCAAUUCCAUGGGCUGUUGUAUACAAGCACGAAUUGCACCCUGAGCAAAGUAUUUGGGUGUGCUAUGAUGGCUGGUUGCCUAACCAAAGAAAAGUUUAUUUCAUGGUAGCCAUAUUGUUUCUGAACUACAUAGUGCCACUGUUUAUCAUUUCUGUUUGUUAUACGAUGAUAACUGUCAUAGUUGUUAACCGGAGACCACCUAGUCCCACGGCAAACACCUCAAACGUUAUCUACAGGUCCAAGAUCAAGGUAGUCAAGAUGCUGUCUGUAGUAGUGGUGGUAUUUGCACUCUCGUGGCUCCCACUCUACUCCCUCAAAAUCAUUAUUGAUUUCGAACUGCUUGUAGAAGAAUCAGCAUCGUGGUUGGUCAUUGUAAAAUAUCUAUUUCCCUUUGCGCAAUGGCUGACAUAUUUCAACGCCUGCAUGAAUCCAUUCAUUUAUUCCUUCCUAAGUAACAAAUAUAGACAUGCAUUCCGGGAGAUGAUCAAAUGUUUGUAUUGCAACCGACGGCAUCUUUCUAUGAGGGAUCGCGUGGGGACCUAUAGUUUGGGUGGAACCAAUUCAUCAACCUCGACGUCAGGUCUGCGCGUGCGCGGUAAGGAGGAGCGUGGUAUAGGCAAUGGCUUGGGAAAUACAGAAAAUUUGAUCAAGAUGCAGAACAUCAAGAUUCGGGGGAAACAGUGUAAAGAAUUAAACGGUAACCGAAGCAAAGUGGACGUGCCUACUACAAAUCGAACGAACUUUAUAACUCUCACCGAGCACGUAACAACAGUGUAA